AUGGCGGACAAUCACUGGGGUCCCCAGCCAUCCAUUCCAUACCCGCAUCACGGUCUUUUUGAAGGGCAGGACAAUCAUGAAUUUAUGAUCUCUGCCAGUACAAUAGAUAACAAGCCAGAGGAAUGUUCAGUGUGUUUUAACGAUUAUGAUGACAAUCAGCUACGGCCUCGCAAUCUGCCGUGUGGCCACACAUUCUGCUCCCAGUGUAUUGACAAUGCUAUCAAGAAUGGUCAGCUGUCCUGCCCCAGCUGCCGUGCCCAGCACACUGCCACAGCUGCCACUCAGUUCCCAAUUAGCUAUGCUGUGGAGGCUUUAGUUAGGAAACUCAAAAAUAUCCAGCUAACAAAUGAGGAAGUAGUGCCAGCAAAACCUUAUGAAGGGCCCUCCAGAGGCAUCAAUUUGGGUUAUCAAAAUCACUGGCAUGUUCAUCUUCAAGCAAUAUGCCUUCUUAAAAACAUGGCCGACUAG